CGCCAUUUUAAUCUCAGUGUUUACUUCGUGAAGUGGUUUUCGAGCAAGUUUCUAUUUGAUAUUAAUUAUUUCAUGAUAUGAGGCAAAUUCUGAAAUUCAAUUAGAUAAGGUGCUCCAAUUUGAACAAGCUGUUCAACAGAGCAUCAACUACAAGCUAGUAGUUUGAUAAGGUGCUUUUAUUUUUUAAUUAAACAAACCGCAAAUAUGAGUAACGUGUCGAUACCCUACACGUGUAUUACAUGUCGUGUUGCAUUCAGAGAUUUGGAAGUUCAAAGGCAACAUUACAAAUCUGAUUGGCAUCGAUAUAAUUUAAAGAGAAAAGUAGUCGAAUUACCGCCCGUUGGAGUUGAAGAUUUUCAAAAGAGAGUUAUCGCACAACGUGGUAAAGAUGAUCAAUUACAGCAGAGUCAGGAGAUGAAUUGCAAAGCAUGUAGAAAGAAUUUUAGUACGCAAAAUCAAUAUAAUAAUCAUUUACUGUCCAAGAAGCAUAAAGAAAAAUCGGCUAAGGUUUCGAAUGCAAAUUCGACGGAGGAGCUUAGUGAUCAGUCGUCAUCUAGUGGUGUUAAGAAUGAGGAUAAGGAUGAGAAGAUGGAGAAUAUCUCGGCGAAGAAGAGUAGAAUUGAGGAGAACAUGGACACGGAUUCUGAUGUUGAGUCUGUCGAUUCUGAUGAAUGGAUGAAUGAUACUGAGAAUCCAGUGCAACACAAUGAUUGUUUGUUUUGCAGUCAUCACAGUAGAUCCUGGGUUCGAAAUCUUAAACACAUGACGGAAGCUCAUACUUUUUUUAUACCUGAUCCGGAAUAUUGUAUAGAUAUGCGAGGAUUACUAGUUUACUUGGGGGAAAAAGUCUUUGGCGGAUUCAUGUGUCUCUGGUGUAAUGAUAAAGGAAGGGCAUUUCGCAGUGCAGACGCAGCGAGAGCGCACAUGAUCGACAAAGGUCACUGUAAAAUGUUGCAUGAAGGAGAAGCUCUAGCUGAAUAUGCAGAUUUCUAUGAUUACUCAACAAGUUAUCCAGACGCUGAAGUCAAUGAUCCAGAUGCGGAAGUUGAAAUUCCCGAAUUAGAGGACAAUGAUUAUCAAUUAGUUUUACCAUCUGGAAGUGUCAUCGGUCAUCGGUCAUUGAUGGUUUAUUAUAAGCAAAAUAUAGAUCCAAGUCGACCACUCGCAAUAUCAAAGAGCAAAAAACUCAGCAAAAUUUUGUCAAUGUACCGUGGUCUCGGCUGGGUUGAAACACAAAAGGAAGCAGCCGCCAAGAAGGCGAGGGACAUCAAGUACAUGCAGAGGAUUCAAGCAAAAUAUUCCGUGAAACUUCAACUCAAGUCUAACAAAUUUCAACGUUACUUUAGACAACAAGUUAAUUUCUAAACAACAAUUACAAUUUUUUAGUGUAAAUAUAUUAAUUUUAUUACUUUUGUAGUUUUUAGUUUUAAUUUUUAAAACUGAAAUAUAUAUGUAUCUAUAUAUA